ACGUGUUACUAUCCCAAGUAAAGCUUCGCUAAAGAGAAAAUAAAAUUCCCCAAGCAGAUCUGGAUGAAGAAAGAAGGCAUAGGAAGGAGUUGUGCUGUUAAAAAGAAUUUCGUGCUGUCCUUUGCUUGACCAGGAUCCUGCGAAAAUAUGGGGACAGUAGAGAAGGUGUUCUGCAGAAUUUUGCUGAUGCUUCUUUUACUGCAGUGUGAAAUAGGUUGGACACAAGAAGCAGUCGGUUCUCCAGCUUUUAUAGAAAGUACCUGCCUCUCCAGCAUAUUUUGGAUGAAGCUAGACAAGUCCUUUCUUCAGAAGAAGUUUUUCAAGAUAGAAGUAAUUGACCCAUCUGGUGUUCCAUUUUUGGUGGACCAGAUGUUGGGAGCUCGUUGUGGCUAUACUCUGUCGAAGGAUGUAUGGGGAAACCCCAUCUUCAGGGCUUCUUUCCUUGGCUGUCACGUUAUAAAUGAGAAAGAUGAACAGUUCUCUCUUACUGUAAACAUCAAAGUAUCGUUAUAUGAAGACCUGCGGGCGGCUGCCGUUUACCAGCAUCCCAUGCACUGCUAUUUCACAUGGGCUCCAAGGGAAAUUCUGUGUGAAGAGAAUUACAUGGAGGAAGUGUCCUUUGAGAGAAUCCAAGCUAGAUUUGAUCUGGACUUGAAAAAAAUAACCACUCUAGAGACGCUGAAUACCUUUUCUAUUAGGUGUAAUUUUCAGUCCUCAGAAUUCAUAGUGUGCUAUCCUAAUGGAACUGUUACUGUAUUGGCUCACAUGAAGACUGUUCCAUCCAUUGACAUGGGCAAAACAAGACUGAAGGAUAAGAUUUGUAAGCCUCGAGAAUAUACAAAGAACCAAGCUUUAUUUCAAUUUCAAGUUUCUACUUGUGGCACUUCCUUAAUGUUUAAUGAUGAGCACCUUAUUUAUGAAAAUGAAAUAUCCUUUGAAAAAGAAACUCUUCCAAUACAGAAUCGACCAAUUAUCACAAGAGAUCCAGGAUACAGACUGACUGUCUUGUGCUACUAUCCAAUCAAAGAGUCCCUGAUGCAAAGUGCUAUGUUCUAUGGUUCCUCAUCCAAAACGUUACCUUUUGGUUCUGGUACAAUGAUGUCUUGGCCUAAUAACGAAGGCCUUAUAAGGACAAGACAAGUUCUAAAUAUCCAGGCAAAUAUAUUCAAAGAUGAAUCAUUCACAGAAGCCUAUAAGUCUCAUUCAUUAAUUUUCAAGAGUUCAUGGGAACCUAUAUUUUUUGAAGUAGAAUUAAAAGAUGAAGCCCCUAAUAUUGAACUAUUUUUGGAAAACUGCUGGAUAGCACAAUCUGAAGAAAUCAACAGCAUUCCUCACUGGAACUUUAUUGUAGAUGGGCAAGUAACACUCCAGAAUUAUUUGUAAUUAUUUAGAUUAAAUCUACCCUGUUUCCCUGAAAAUAAGACCUCCCCAGAUAAUAAGCCC